AUGGCGCUUAUGACCAAUCACAUAUGGAGUCUCCUGAACAGAAGGCACUCUAUAUGGGUUAAUUGGAUACAUGAUCAUAAAAUUAAAGGGCAGUCGUUUUGGCAGCUACGGUCCGCGGGUAAUAGUGCCUCUAGUUGGCGGUAUAUUCUGAAAAUUCGGGAUCGGGUUCGUCCGUUUAUUGUCUCCAAGCUUGGGAACGGUCAUAGUACGUCCGCUUGGUUUGAUCGGUGGUCUCAAAUUGGUCCGCUUUGUGACGUCGUUUCAGCCCGUUGGCUUCACAAUGCGGGGUUCACUCUUGCUUCCAAAGUUAGUGAUAUUGUGAUUGAUGGAGAUUGGGGGUGGCCGAGAGCGUGGAUGGAUCUUUUUCCGGUUUUAUUAACUAUUCAGCCGCCAAGUCUUAAUCCUCACAAGUCGGAUUCAUUAAUCUGGCGAGACGCUAGGGGCAAUGAGCAGGAUUAUUCAGCUUCAAUUGUGUGGGAUUCGAUAAGAAGUCAGGGUGCUACAGUUCCGUGGGUGGAGAUUGUUUGGUUCGCGAAUUGCAUUCCGAGACAUGCUUUUCUUUCAUGGCUCAUCUGCAAGAAGAAGCUCAAAACUCAGGAUAAGCUAAAGCAAUGGGAUGUUGGUGCUAGCACUAACUUAAACCUGCUGUCUUGUCCGUUGUGUUCCUUGGUUCCGGACUCGCAUGAUCAUUUGUUCUUUGAGUGUUCUUUUUCAAUGCAGGUUUGGUCGUCAAUUAAAUCCUUUGCUGGAAUCCAAUUAAUGUCUAGCAAAUGGGAGGAUAUUGUUGAGUGGUUGAUUCAUGUUCCUUCGAAAAAGUCCAUGCGAAGUGUGAUUGGCAGGUUAGUUCUAUCGGCGACCGCAUAUUUUAUAUGGCAAGAACGUAAUCAAAGGCUUUUUAAAUCCAAGAAAAGAACGGUGCAUGUGAUUACUGAAGCUAUUGUAUCUACGGUUAGAUUGAAGCUAGCCUCGGUGAAGGUCAAGAGCUCUAUGACUGGGAAGAGUUUAUUAGAAAAAUGGAAUGUGCCUCGCUUGUAG